CUAUCGGGUAGGUUUUUGAGGACGUACUUUCAUUUUUGUUCAUCUAGAGUGAAGCUGUUGUAGCUGAAGACGAGCAUUUUGUUAUUGUUCCUCGAUUGACGUUUCCCGCUUCCGCCUCUACUUUCUACUGAAAGCAAAACGUGAAGCAAAAUGUCGGCGACUCGACCUCUGGUCCCUGAAGACGAGGAAGACCACUUGAGCAAUGCCUCCACAUCCUACCUCAACAACCGCGUUGACACCCUACAUAUGGUCGACGCGGCACGCCGUUCUCGUGCUGGUUGUACCGCCGGAGGACCUCCUUCUGCUCCAGGGAACAAGAAAGGCGGGGGCGGUACAACUUCUACAGGAGCCUCCAAGAACGGACGCACAGGUAGAAACGUCGCAAAAAUCGUGACAACCUCCUAUCACGGCUACGGAAGUUUUGAUCACGCGAAUUCAUCAAAGAUGAACAGGGAAGAGCCGAUGAACAAAAAGGACCACAACUCGUCCGCGAGAACGGUGUCUGCAACUACACCAAGUAGUAGUACUCCCACUGCUACGAACACCAGUUAUACCGCUUCUACGCCGACCUCAGUCAGUGUCGGGAAGAACAAGAAGAACAAGGUUGCUGCGACACCGACUGCUGGUGUCGUGCUGUCUGUACGCAUUACAACAUACGCAUUGUUGUACUGGGUGGAAACUGCGACAUCACAAACUUUGCCAAUAGCAAUAGAUCAUGAAAAAAAAUGUAUUCUCCAUGUAAAAAUGCUGGUUUUCCUACUUCGAAGUCAUGUCAUAGAUGAUCUGUCACGGACAUUGUCACGCAUGACUGCCAUCAGUACGAAACGAAUGCGAUGCUUUUGCGUUGUAUAGUUGAACAAGAACCACAACUACAGUCCCGCUGCUCGUCGUCGUAAUCGGUCUACAUCACAAAUAGCAGAAGCUGCGUCAACGGCACCACCACCAUUUGUCAGCGGAAACAACACUGUACGCGUUUCUGGGCAAACCGGUUGUAAUAUCAAUUUUGAACGACCCACUACUUCCUAUGAUCUCUUCGACCACCCGCCCAAAGAGGACUACAAAGGAAAUACGAAGCCGGCGCGGAAGACGCAGCUAUUGAACCAACAAGAGCAAGUAUCCAAGAAAAAAACAUUGUAGGUGUAACUUUCUUGGAGGAUUAGCAUUGCAAAUUUGUCUGACAUGACAGCAAAACCCUGUCAUGCGCAGAUAGUACGUGAAAACGCCCUUUGAUGGACCCUACGACGCAUGCCAAGCAUGACAGACGCAAUCACCUUGCAUGUUGCGCAUCACAAAUUUACACUAGCAACGUUUUUUUCCUGUCAUAGCAAGCAGCUCCUGCUGCACGAGGACCUGCUUUUUCGUCGUCCCCAUACCUGACUAAACACGAGCCAGCGACUAAGAAACGCCCCGUCGGAGUUCAUCCGGCGCUGCCGGGGAGCAAUAGUACUAUGGCGAACAACCACUCGGCGACGGUCGUUUCGCGGAAGUUGAACAAAGUAGAUCUAGACCGUCCCAAAUCUUCAACUGCGGUUGUAGCUGCAAACAAUAACAAGCGAGGGCGCCAGCGGUCAUCCCCCGCAGAGAUCCGGCGGAACAAGGCCGACCAGCAAGAGACAAAACGCUAUUUCGUAGCGCCAUUGGUGACCCCGACCACCUCCGGCGCUGCAGACUCUACUCCAGAAGCUGCAAGCGCGAGCAAGAAGCGAUUCAUCGAGAUCCUUCCGCAGGCAGAGAAAGCGAAGACAGAUGAACAAAAUCUUCAGUGCGGCACCAGAUCGCAGUCCUCUGCCUCUCAACAGUCGGAUACAGUUUCAAAAGGAGGGUCCUCGCGUGAUCACGGUACUACAGAAACUCCUGAUGUACGAGUUGCAAGUGCAAAGGGCAAGAAACCGGACCACGACGGCGCAGAUGCACAACUACUCGCUGACUCUUCGUCGCCCACCUCGCCUGCUCGACGACACACCGGUAAAAAUUCCGGGUCGAAGCAGGAAGGGCCACUCUCUCGUUCCGUAAAGCGCACCCGGUCUGGUGCGUAUUCCGACUACACUUAUUCGCCGGCUGUGGGGAACAACACUGCUGCUGAACCGGGUGGAUCUACGUUCGACAAACUCAACAAAACUUCUAUUUUCCAACCGGAGAAGAAGAAACAGAAAACUUCUACGACCUCUAGUCAAAAGGGUGCAAUGAAAAAGUUGGAAUUUGAAAAUAAUCAAGACGCAAAUAAAUUGCUGCGCGGCCAGAAGAUGUUCGUUUCCAAGGGUGAGAAGACGAAUAAAAAUGUUAGUACCACUACUUCUACGAACGCCAGCAAAAAUCACACUGCACUAUCAGCAUCCACGACUUGUUCCACCAACAACAAUAAAAGCAACAACACCACGCAAAAUUACGUUCUGGACACGUUGGAAGACCGCCUGGCCCGGAUUGACCGCGAUUUCAAGCGCACCCAGCUUCGGGAGGGAACAAAACGGCGGGGGAAGAUUGUUCAUCCGGCGAAGGUAAAUAAACUAGCUGCGGAACAGAAAGCUCGCAGCGGCGCCAUGAAGGAAUUAUGCGGGGCAGCUCCUGAACAUGAUGACGCGGACCAUUUCGACGGGGAUAUCACCAGUCCUAUUGCAGCCACUCAUGCGGACCACGACAGUAAAAAUGGUCCUUCGACCGCCACCAACAUCAAGCAAAAGCGGCGGCACCCUUUGCUGCGGGGAAAAAUCUGUUACUGGGACAAGGGGUUGACUAUGAUGUACCAAAACUACUACAAGAGCGGCAGCUCCACCGUUGGAAAGCGCGUGCUACUGAAGGCGAGGCGAAUGGAAGUAAUGGGAGAAGAAGGAGAAGAAAUUAUUUUCCAAGUGCCGAAAGAAGCGACGACCAUGGAAAUGGUGCAGAAUAUUAGCGCGAAUUCUAGCGGCAUUGUGGAUCAUCUCGACCUCCGUCUCGCGGCAGACCACGACAAGUCUGACCACCAGCAGGAGAAGCUGCAAAAUGAUCUUGGUAAAGUCAAAGUGGACCACGAUGGAGACGACUUUAUCACGACUAAGCACCGCUACUACUUUCUCCCGGAAUUCAUCGUGAUUCCCGGUGCCGAAUACCCCGAUAUCUACCACGAACCCUCGAGGACCAAGAAGAAAAAGAACGAGAAUACCGCUACGGAACAGCCGAACAAGGACGCAGUUCCGGUCUCGGGACGAUAUCUCGAGGACGAUCAUGAAGAAGAUCAAGAUAGUGGAGUAGAUGAUGAAUCAAGUGAGCAGCAAAUCGCUUUGCAAGUUUUGACCUACUGGAAAACGGUGUCUUUCAAACAAGAGCAAGCAAAAUGGGAGGAAUUGAAAAAAGACUUGGAGAAGGAGAUGAAGUUAGACAAAUCGGGUUUGACCAAAUCUUACUUCCUGACCGGACUAAGUGCAUCCACCACGACCAAUUUGAUGAGCGGGGGAGGAAAUGUUGGAGAAACAAAAACAGCAGAAGCUGCCGCGGUGGAAAAUAAGAAUACACAUUCCGGAGCGGGUGCGGCGGGGGCACAAGGUCGCCCACGGCAUCUUCUUUCACACGGUACUAACAAGGUGAAGACAACUCCUGCUGCGAAGAUCAAGAUGAUUACAACAACUGCUGAUGCUGCCAAUCUGAUUUGUAGUACGUGUACGACGACGCCCAGCAACAAAAAUACUUCCUCAACUACGGCCAUGACUACAGGCAAAAAAAAUCAUCCGAGCACUUCACCCGGGCCCACCACGACCUCGCAGGUUGUCGACGUUCUUGGUAUAACUACAACAAAACGCACUGGCGGUGGAUCAUCUGCACGGGCGGUCCACAAGCACGGCGAAGAAAUCUUCGAAGAUACUGAGGCGACCGCAGUCGAAGAUCUCAUCGCGGAUGAAGUCGACGAGGUGGAGAAUAUGAUCGAGAUGCAGCACGGGCUGGUUGAUGUUGACGAGGAAUCAUGUGAACAAGAUGAAGGUGUUGAGCAAGAACCUGUUGUUGAUCCGCAACUUCUAUUGGGAGGAGAAGAUGAAGGUCGACCAAAUCUACUUGUCGAAGAACGGGUAGAAAUUCUAGAUCCAGAUUAUGGAUUGCAAAAGUGUCUGGGUCUGGAAGAUUGACACUUGUAAUGCUGUCUUUGGAUUCCAAAAAAAAUCUGUAUUGCAUGACCAGCAACAGGACUCCGGUUUGUGUUACGCGGAGAGGGCAUUUCUCAUGCGGAAUAGGCAUUAGGAAGCCCCCUAAAAAUCUGUGUUGCUAGAGUAUGCAUUAGAGACAUCAAUCAUCAUAGAAAAUAUGCAUGACAAGUCUGCAUUCUUCCAGACCCAGACAUUUUUGCAAUGCAUACAGAUGGUACUUCAUCAACUUCCGCUGUGGUCGUGGUCGUGAACGCGAUGAACGAGCAAACUCAUCUUCCGGACGAGGGGACCACGGGCACGAACGCAACAACGUCGAACAAAGUUCCUGUUUCUCACUUACGUCCCAGUGGUGUUUUGGUUUUGGAGGACGGCUCAAAAACCACGCAACUUCGAGGAGAUGCAGCAGCUUCUUCUGGUGUUGUUUCUGCUGGUUCCGUGACUAGUAGAAAAGCUCCUGCUGGUGAUCCUGAUCAUUCAAACAAGAGCCACGAUGUUGAAAAGGAACACGUCGAACACGAACAUUUAUCCACAGCAACAGUAAAUUUUCGUUUUCAAUACUACACGUAGACGAAGAAAAACAAAAAGCUGCGGUCUCUGCAUAAAAAAAGUUUCCCCGCAGAUCCUAGAAAGCUUGAUAGAUAUACAAGUGGCAUGCUCUAGGAAAUACAAACUUUUGUGAUGCAUUGGGAACGCGGAGACGCCGGUAUUAAAUCGAAAUUUGUAUUGCAUAACACCAAGAAGAAGACCACUCAGAAGACAUCGACGCGUACCGACGGCGGCUGCAGCUGCGGGCUUUGGAGAUCGAGCGAGGGACGACAUCAUACAAGAAGAGCAUUUUCGUGGGAAAGCAGCAUGUGGAGGAGGUUUUGGCUUUUGGAGGUGCAGCAGGUCCAGCACGAGCGCAGGAAGAUGAUCAUCAAGAUGAAUCUCCGACGGAGUCGGCAAAUAGAAGAGGAGAAGGGGCGGAGCAAGUCAAGAACUUCUUCCCGGCAGCCCGUCAUGUCGUGGAUAUGCCAAAAAAGACCAUGCCGGCACCGUUUUCGCGCGAAAAACUGAAGCAAAUCGUCGAGGCACAACUGAAAAACUACGGGGACGCAGCAGGAGGUGAUGAAAUAGACAACAACAAAAUCGAUGUAGCAGGAACUGCGCCUCCUGUUCCAGUAGCAAUAGUAGAAAACAGCAACCGCCCCGAUCCUGUUUGUGUUCCCAACCUCAAGGAUCUACUACUUCGUGAAGAUUUUCACGAGAGGACGUCGGGGCUGUCUGCAGUAAAAAGUCUCCACCUACCGCUUCCAUCGAAUAGCGUCACAUCAUCCCACUUGGAGCUGCUGCACGACGACUUGCUAGAGACAGGUAGCUGGGAGGAAGAAGAAGAUCAUCUGGUGAGGACGUCGCAAAAUAUUGACCACAGCCCGGGUAAGAGAAGUGCUGAGCAACACAACGAGCGAGAAAAUGAAAAGCAAGAAAUUCAGAAGCAAGAUCCGCCCAAGGAAAGAAAUCUUCCGCCAACAGAGAAAAUAAACUACACGACCAGCACGAGGAGGAGGAGGAGGAGCACUGCGGGGGCGGCCACAGAAAUACCGGAGGAAAUAUCGUCUGCAAGAAAAGUAGUGGUAGUGGUAGUCUCUAGCUGCAUAUAAUUUUUAACUUUAAGUAAAAUUUCUGCGUUUUUGGUUUUUGCAUGGCAGAUUUGGUUUCUCACCCAAGUCUGCACCUGCGUGGCAAAUUCCACUUUUCUCUUUCCGACCUUUGGGAAAAUGCAUCGUGCAACUUGUUCAGGUACGUAGAAGUGCAUCAAGAAGUACGAUAGGAGCGAUACUUACUACUUGACUUGCAAUGCAUAGGAACCUGCAGAAAACGAGCUGUCGAAGGUGCGGACGCGGUCUGACGAAGUGCGAGAAGUACGGGCUGAGCUGGAAGCAGUUAUGCAAUACAAAGUUGCACUUCCAGCACCCGUACAUCAACAUCUACAUCACAUCAUUCACAGGAAAUGUAUGCAUCACCGAUUUUGCCAACGACCUAAGUGAAGAGAAUGCUAUAUGAAUUUGUCAUGCUGACGUGUGAAUAGGAGUGAUCAAGUAUUUGGUACGUUAUGUACGUCUACGUGUACGGGAUUUCUUUUCUGUGGAUCGCAGUGCUACUGUGCGCACAGGGUGCUGGUCCUGACGCGGGGGACCCUGCGCCGGGGACCAUUCCGCGGCUUGAUAUUAUUGCAGGAACAAUAGAACCGCGAGGACCGCCACGACAAGUAGAACUACAAGAGCUGCCAUCUUCUUCGGGAAAGAAAGACAAAGAAUAUCCCGUGUUGCUGAAUGACACAACAAGAACAACAACAACUACAGGGGUUGUCGCCGUAAAUGGAAAAAUAAAAGAAGAAGGCGAAAAACAAGCGCGAAUGAUGUCGCUCGACAGCUGCGAGCAAGACGACAUAGACAAGCUUCUUCUGGAGGCGGAUGAAGAUGAGGACGAGCAACAAGAAGAUGAUAGCUACACAAACCACCCUGACGAGGAGACCACUCCGAUGGAGGUCGCGGCCAAAAAGAAAGUGACAUUCGUCGUGAAAGAAUCACUUACAACAGAACAAUCACCGGCUGGUGUAGUGCCCCAUGCAGAUCAUUCAGGCAGGAAUACUUCUCGCUCUAGCAAACGACCGAAAGCGGCGGCUGGUGUCGCGCUGGGCACUGCAGGCCAGGUAGAAAACCAAAUCAUUUCCAAGCCGGGGGCUUCGGUCGUGGUUUGGUCCGGCGAAGGGGGCGAGCGCUUCAUUCGUCACCAGCCGGGGCCUGGGCCGCGACUCGAGUCGGCGCACGACAAGAGAAUGCGGAUAGUCAUGAAAGAGGAAAUCCUCAAAGCAAAAGCACAGUAUCAGGAAACUCUAGCGAAGGCCAACAACAUGAUGAACGACGUUGCAGCCCAGCAGGACCCGUUGCAAAAGGCCCCGCCCAUCAAGGAACUACAAGCGCAAGAACACGACGAGCUGCUUGGAGAUCGUAGUAAAAGUAGCCAAAAGGCGGGCGAGGGGAGGCCGAAUCAUGGAAGUUCGGACCAGCACCAGCAGCAGAUGUUACCCUCGAACACCAAGAAGUCGCCCGUCGUAAGGAAUAAGGUCGUCCUAUCAGGUGUAAUACAAGCGACGUCCCCGCGACCUCCGUCCAGGUUUGUUAUGCAAAUUUGCAUACCCAGCAACCCACACUGUUUGUUUCUAAUGCAUAGCCACAUCAGGGCCAGGGGCGUUUUCCUUUUCUAAUGCUGUCUGGCAGCUUCAGCUCAGGAUGGUCGAUGUGUGAUUUUUAUGCGGCUGCGCUACCACCUGCUGAGCAUCACCAUACAUUGCACUACGAUCCCAAAUUGUCAGGCUCAAAAACAACCAAAUCUUGUGGACUUGUGUAGCCAAUAAAUUGCCCAUCAUGACUCUGGGCCGCUCGUGUGAGCCUCGUUCUUCUUAGUCACGAUACGUCCCGAACAACAGUAAACCUUUGUCAAACUCAAGGUCUCGACGUCGUUCCGGUGCUCCCGCAGAAAACAACAGCAAAAUUACUAAUUCUCCCCACAAAACUUUACUGGAGCGGAUUUUGAAAGAAGUAGACCGGAGUGACAACGUCGACCCGCUUGCGAAGCCAAGCUUUUUGCUAUCGAUCUGCGAGAAAGAAAAAAAUGAUCCGAGCUGCCUCAGCUGCCAGGCGCCCCGAGGAGAUGUAAGGCCCCGAGGACACCACUUUGUGCCAGUCGUCGCGAACAUGAACAACCGGCUGGGCCGGGAGUCUCGCGUCAUGAAGACGAACUACCCCCAGGCUGCGUCCAUCGAGUUGAAGACGCCGAUAGCCCGACUUUCUGGGGUGUACAAGUGUGAAGAGAGUCGGGAUCGUCACGGAUUUCCGAUCUGGGCAAGUUCGACACACAGGCUGGAGGCCGAGGUAAACCUUCUAUUAUUUAAGAUGAAGUACGCAUCAAAAAUAAAAUCCAUACACUACGCCAAAAUCGAUAUACAACUAGAGUCUCGGUGUCAUCAUGAAUCAAUUACUACUUGCAUGCUCCUGUGAAGAGUUCAUUCUUCUUGUGCCUCCUUUGAAUGAAUGCUGCACUCCAUAGAUAGUACUCUACAACUCCAGAAGCGAAAAAAAAAAAAAACAAUCACAGGUUUUCCAAACUCAUACCAUUUCGGCCCGACCACGAUAUGAUCCUAAUGCUGCUGCAUCUGUGGACAGUCAACGCGGAGCCGCCUGGGAAGCAGAACAAGAACACGAGCGAAGCACCACUACAAACGAAAUACAGGCCAGCGACGAGACAACUGCUUCUAAACCAGAAACGACGACGGGAGCAGCUGCGACCGGGAGCAAGACCAAGACAGCAGCGACUUUAUCGAGUAGCAACACGUCAAACACCUCUUGCUACGACAAGAUUCUGGAUGAAACCAUUUAUCAGUGGCGGUAUAAGCUGAUCGAAUUGGAGGUGGGAGAUCGUGUGCUCUCCUCGGUGAACAGCAGUUCAUCUUCUUCUAUUGUUACAACUUCGACGAGUAGCCUCCGUGACAAAGUCAUUCUUUCCACGGCGAGACAAUACAGCAAAGCCUCGCUAUUGUUUUCAACGAGCAGUUAUGAACUGCAAAGGUAUAAUCGUACUAGUAUAAAUUGCAUUACAAAUGGACUUAGCAUUACAACUUUAAAUUUGUAAUGCGGAUUUGCCUUAACAAACACGACUUGUAAUGCAUAAACGCAAUUAGUACGAGUACGAUACUUUUGCACAGGAAAUCAGUCACGUGACAAAUAACGGCGUCCUGCUGAACCCGUUGCGAGCGGGCCUGCAAUAUGAACUGCAAAAGUAUCGCACUCGUAUAAAUGCAUUACAAAUUUUUUCCUCAGCGUGAGAGAUCAAAUUUGUAAUGCUGAUCUACCUUAAGAGAAUAAGAUUUGUAAUGCAUGUUUGCAAUUACUACGAGUACGAUUCUUUUGCAGUGGAUAUCCAAAGAUUCGUGGAGGUCGCAUUGAGCGGCAGCGUUUGGUUCUUCGGGGACACAGAGAACCAGAAAAAGCAGAGGUUCUCGUCCGGCUGCACAAGAACGAAGUCUGUCCUGCGUAUCAAAUGUAAAAAUGUCUGGGUCUGGAAACUUGUGAUGCUGGGUGGCGUCUCAUGAUGAGGCCACAAGUGCUGGCUUAGCAUGACAAGUUUCUGAGCUUCUAGGUGUUGCCUAUUCUGCAUGACAAACUGCGUUUCUGCAUCACAGAAAAAUGGAGCUCUUGGGUAACGUGCAUGACAGAUUUCAAAGAUUCAUGCCAGACAAGCAUGACAAACAUGCAUUCUUCCAGACCCAGACGCUUUUGCAUUUGAUACUGCGCUCUAGAGAACAACAAACUCCGUACCGCGAAGGCGAUCCGGUUUGUCUCGAAAUUUCGUUGGCUGCCAGCAGUGACAACACAAACAACACAGCUUGA